UCAUUCAGCUCUUGUUGCUUCUUCAGCUUAUUACGGCACAUGAACAUCAAAGUCCUUCAAACCGAGCACUGUCAACCACCACUUUAUAACCUACCACCUCAAUAUAUAUCCUCAACAGAAGCCACUUCAAGUUUACCUCUAGCGCAAAAAGCAACCUCCAGCCAUCAGCAAUCCCAACUCAAAUGUCACUAAAGAAGCGUGCAGCAGCAGCUGCCCCUUCGACCCAGGAACCAACAAAGCCAAAGCCCACUGCUACUAAGGCCCCUACUCUUACGCACACAGCACUGGUACCAACAACCGCAAUAAAUACCACGAAGACUACAGUACAGACCACAGGUAUCCUCACAACGCCCAUAAUACCAACCUCCACGCAAUCCGAAGUGAACUCCUCUCCCUCAACUGUACCCUCUGCGGGGUCAAGCAACGAGCUAAAUCCUGCACAGACACCUUCCAACACGAAUCACACAGGGCUGAUUGCAGGUGUGGCUGCAGGAGCAUUCGUUCUCUUGGUCCUGUUUGCGGGAUUGCUGUUCAGGGCCAGGAGGAAACGGGUACGGGAGGCACGGGAGGCACGGGAAGCGGAGAAGUAUCAGCAGCGGACCAUGAUGCUGAAAUCCUCCGAAGGCUCUUCCGCCAUGGGUUAUGGUGACGACAGUGAUUUCCCCCUUCAACAACACCAGCAUCAAGAGCAGCAGCAGCAGCGGUACCAGGAGCAUCUGGGGCUUCUGAUGAGUAAGCAGCCAGAAUGGUUCGCUAAAAAGUCGCCAUUGGAGUAUUAUAUUCAGGUACCACCGUUGGAAGAGCUACGUCGUCUGCAACAGGAGGCCCAACAAGAGAAACAGCAGGAGCAAGCACAAACGCGAGAACAGCAGCAACAGCAAAGACCUUAUCCGCUGACGCAGGAGCUCAGCAACACGAGCAGCAAUGGCAGCAGCAGCAGCAACGGCAGCGCGUCUUCUUCAAACCCUUUUGCCCAGAAUGGUGCAUCCUUCGCAGCCAGAAGUCUGACGCCCAGCAAGGCGGACCCGUCACACACAGGCGAACUGAUUGCCCUUGGUCCUACAAACAUCGGGAAUAACUUUUCUAUGCCAUCAAUGAUCCGGCCUGGAUACAAUCAUCAGCAAUACCAGCGCCCGCGCAUCAGCACACAGGGUCUGCGACGACCCUCCUCGCCAGUUGUCUCGCCCAGCUCCUCGCUUUCACCAACAGUCAACAACCCAGUAUCGCCAUACCGUACUAUCAGUCCUUCUACGACCGUGUACUCUGCAAUCUCGCCCACGGUUGUCUCGCCCAUGGUUGUGUCGCCCACUCUGCCCUCCCAAGGAUCACGGCCCCUCAAGAACAGCGACUUGUACAGUUAUACACCACCACCACCCUCAACCGGACCCUUCACGCCCACAAGUCCGUCCUCGGCACCAUCCCCCGGAUUUUAUGACUUGCUGGAUGACAGCGAGAUGCUGGGGAGAGGCGACAGUAAGGCGUCAAGUGCUAGUAUGGUCAGUCCUGUUGCUGUGAAGGCCAGGACUACAUCAGCAACACCACCGCCGAUCCCAAGAGCGACAAGACCCAUCUCUGUAGCAUCCGCGUCGUCUUUUAAACUGACAUGGAUGGAUAUGAAGGCCGAUGCUUCUGCACCAGCUGUACCUACAGUCCCAGGAGGAUUAUAGUAUCAUAGUUGUUAAUAGCGUAAU